GAUCCACGAAAAGUUAUAUCUGGUUAUAAAGAGAGGGGAAACGGAGUGAACGAUUGAAUAUUAGAAGAAAAGAUUGUAUACGUUUCAAUCUUAUAUUUGAAAGAUCCCCUCGGUGAAUGAUUUUCUAAAAAUAGUUACAAACAAGUCUGUUAGUUUGCUAAGCAAAAUGCAAGAAUUUCUAGGUAUUUUGCUGCUAAUUACUGGAGUUUGCUGUUUGUACUCUAAUUCGGAUGUUAUUGAACUGAAACCAAAUAAUUUUGAUAGUUUGGUGUUAAAUAGCGAUAAUAUAUGGGUUGUAGAAUUCUUUGCACCAUGGUGUGGACAUUGUCAACAGUUAACACCUGAAUAUGACAAAGCUGCAACUGCCUUGAAAGGUAUUAUAAAAGUUGGUGCAGUGAAUGCAGACGAACAUAAAUCCCUUGGAUCAAGAUAUGGAAUUCAAGGUUUUCCAACAAUUAAGAUCUUUGGUCUUGAUAGUAAACCAGAAGAUUAUAAUGGACCAAGAACUGCAGUAGGAAUUGUUGAUGCUGCAUUAAAUGCAGCUAGUCAAAAAGCACGUAGAGCUUUAGGGGAUAGAAAGAGCGGUGGAGAUUCUAAGUCCAAAGAUUCCAAAGAUGUUAUUGAAUUAACAGAUGAUAAUUUUGAUAAAAUAGUAAUGAACUCGGAGGAUAUGUGGUUAGUUGAGUUUUAUGCACCAUGGUGUGGUCAUUGUAAAAAUUUAGCCCCCAUUUGGGCAUCUGCAGCAACAGAGCUUAAAGGCAAGGUGAAGUUAGGAGCUAUUGAUGCUACUGUAAAUAGAGUUAAGGCUGUCCAAUAUGAAAUAAAAGGAUACCCAACUAUCAAAUAUUUUGCACCUGGAAAAAAAUCUUUUGACUCUGUGCAAGAAUAUGAUGGUGGUCGCACAAGUAGCGAUAUCGUGAAUUGGGCAUUGGAAAAAUUGGCAGAGAAUGUUCCAGCACCAGAAGUAGUUCAAAUUAUAAAUGAAAAGAGCUUAAGGGAAGUUUGCGAGGACAAACCAUUAUGCGUUGUGUCCGUUUUACCGCACAUUUUAGAUUGUCAAUCUGAUUGUAGAAAUGGAUAUUUAAAAACUUUAAACGAGCUCGGAGAAAAAUAUAAACAAAAAAUAUGGGGCUGGGUUUGGGCUGAAGCUGGUGCUCAACCUCAUAUUGAAGAGGCAUUAGAAAUUGGAGGAUUUGGAUAUCCAGCACUAGCCGCUGUAAAUAUAAAGAAAAUGAAAUAUUCUUUAUUAAAAGGUAGUUUUUCGUAUGACGGUAUAAAUGAAUUUUUACGAGACUUGAGUUACGGGCGAGGAGGUACAGCUCCUUUGAAAGGAGCUCAGCUACCUGUUAUUCUCGACACGAAACCAUGGGACGGCAAAGAUGCUGAACUUCCGCAAGAGGAAGAAAUCGAUCUUAGUGAUAUAGAUCUCGACGAGAAAGAUGAAUUGUAAUUAUAAAACUUAGUGUUUCUCAGGAACAUAUGCACCUUCAUAUUCAUCUUCAUGUUAGUAAAACAAUUUGAUACUUAUUUUUAUAUAACGUUAUUUUCGGUUGAUAUCACUACAUUUUAACAUACAUUGAUAAUAUAGCAUUACUAUUAUAGUGUCAGGAAUGUUCUUUCUUUUUUAACUGAAAUAAACUUCGUAGGAAGUUUAAUAAUUAAUAAUAUGUUAAAUUACAAGUGCAUAAAAAACAACUCUUCCACUGAGGCUAAGUUUACGAAAUUUAAUUAUUUAAUUUCAAUCAGAAUCAUGUGUAAAUUUAUGAAUUUAUGUGUAAAUUUUUAAACUAAUAGUCAGAUAAACAUCAUAGUAAAAAUAAAAUAUAUACUCGAUUGUAUGCAAACAAAAACUUUUUUAUGGAAAUGUUGUGAACUUAAAAUAAUUACUGAUCAUGCAUAACAUAUUAAUAUACAUUCCAUAACAUCUUUGGUUUUCCCUAAUUUGGGACCAAAACAUGCAAUCAUAAAUUUACAUUUACAAAAUGUAUCACAAUCCUUAUGUUUAUUAAGAUCUCACUGUUUGACUGAUUUGUAUCAGGUCUUCCAUCAUGAUUACAGAAAUGAAUUUUAUACGAUUAUGUGAAAUAUGAUAUAAAAUAUGUUUAUAUGUAUAUGUGAAUGUAAAAUUUCAUCUCAUCUACAUUUAACUGACUGUAAUCUUAGUUUACAUUUUUAUUAAAUAAAUUGCUCUAUAAAAUUAUGUA